CUCAUCAAUUCCCUUCCAUUCCAUGCAACCUUCCCCACUCUCCUCCCUCCUCGCUCCCCUACUCCAAAAUUUCCGGUGUUGUUGUUUCUCCACCGCGGGGUUUGGUUCCGGCAAGCCAUGACUCGGCGGUGCUCGCAUUGCAGCAACAACGGACACAACUCCCGCACGUGCCCCACGCGCGCUGGGGGUAGCGGUGGCGGCGGCGGCGGCUGCGGUGCCUCCUCGUCCGGGGGAGUGAAGCUCUUCGGUGUUCGAUUGACGGACGGUUCGAUAAUCAAGAAGAGCGCCAGUAUGGGCAAUCUCUCCUCCGCGCACUACCAUAGCUCGUCUUCAGCCGCCGCCUCGCCAAAUCUGGACUCGCCUUCGUCGGAUCAUGUCCGUGAUCAGUCACACGUGCCGGACGGUUACCUGUCCGAUGACCCCGCUGCACACGCGUCAACUAACCGUCGCGGAGAGAGAAAGAAAGGUGUCCCUUGGACCGAAGAGGAACAUCGGCUCUUUUUACUUGGUCUCCAGAAGUUGGGUAAAGGGGAUUGGCGUGGAAUAUCACGCAACUAUGUAGUGUCAAGGACUCCUACACAGGUAGCAAGUCAUGCACAGAAAUAUUUCAUCAGGCAGAGUAAUGCUUCCCGAAGAAAGAGACGUUCGAGCCUCUUUGACAUGAUUCCAGAUGAUAUGGCCACAGAUACACCCACGGUCCCUGAAGAACAAGUUUUGCUUUCUUCUCCGCAAGCACAAGGAAUAGACAAUGCAAAUCCCAUACCAUCACUGAAUCUCUCUCUCAGCUCUGAAUUUGAGCCUGCAGAAUCUCCAAUGCAAGAAACAGUUCAAGAAACUGAAGAAAAUGCAAUGGAAACAGGAAAUUUCACACCAAUGGUACCUGGUUACUUCCCUGCUUACAUACCUGUUCCUUACCCAUUUUGGCCACCAAAUCUAGCCCCUCUUGUUGAAGAAAAUGGCACAGAGACAUCUCAUCAUCAGGUCCUAAAGCCAGUUCCUAUAAUUCCAAAGGAACCUGUAAAUGUAGACGAACUAGUCGGCAUGUCUCAGCUCAGUAUAGUAGACACAGGGACAGGGCAUAGAGAGCCUUCACCAUUGUCCUUGAAGCUAACAGGAGAAUCAUCACGACAGUCAGCAUUCCAUGCUAGUGCACCAGUUGGUGGCACAGAUCUAGGCAACGGGAAGACAAGUGCAAUUCAGGCAGUUUGACCCACGUGAAACGAGGGUGGUUCUUCUAUUUAUUAGUUUUCUCAUUCUCUUCUGUACAACUGAAUUUUCUACUAAGGCAUCCUUCCUGUUUAACUUCUUUAGCAUGCAGGUUUUCUAGUCCUUAUAACAUAAUCUAAAAUCAGGUUCUGUAAUUAUUUAUUCAUUCUAACUGUAAACAGCUAGAAGUAGUAAUAAUUUAAUUGCUUUUGC